UCCCCCAGCCCCUGCCGGCUGCCUGGGGCAGUGGAGGGGCGUGCAGGGCGAUGGGGGCCACUUGGGCCCCUGGGCAGAGUAGCAUUAUAAUGGCGUGUUGUGUAUUUUUCAAUUUCCUAAAGGUAACUGUUCAGUCCUCACCUAAUUUUACACAGCAUGUGAGGGAGCAGAGCCUGGUGACGGAUCAGCUCAGCCGCCGCCUUAUCCGGACCUACCAGCUCUACAGCCGCACCAGCGGGAAGCACGUGCAGGUCCUGGCCAACAAGCGCAUCAACGCCAUGGCAGAGGACGGGGACCCCUUCGCAAAGCUCAUUGUGGAGACAGAUACCUUUGGCAGCCGGGUUCGAGUCCGAGGAGCUGAGACAGGCCUCUACAUCUGCAUGAAUAAGAAGGGGAAGCUGAUUGCCAAGAGCAACGGCAAGGGCAAGGAUUGUGUCUUCACGGAGAUCGUGCUGGAGAACAACUACACGGCCCUGCAGAACGCCAAGUACGAAGGCUGGUACAUGGCCUUCACCCGCAAGGGCCGGCCGCGCAAGGGCUCCAAGACGCGGCAGCACCAGCGCGAGGUCCACUUCAUGAAGCGGCUGCCCCGAGGCCACCACACCACGGAGCAGAGCCUGCGCUUCGAGUUCCUCAACUACCCGCCGUUCACGCGCAGCCUGCGCGGCAGCCAGAGGACUUGGGCCCCCGAGCCCCGGUAGGCGCCGCCGGCCCCUCCCCGCCGCCGGCGCGGAGCGGCUCAUCUUGCGCGAGCACAGAGAACCUCCAGCGAGGUCUGCGCUGCUGAAGGCUGGGGAGGAGCUGGGGGAGCCCCGGGUGCUAGCUGUUGAUAAUUGUUUGCUG